CAUUUCAAGGAAUCAAGAACCAGCAGAAACAGGAAAAACCUGCGCAGUAGCAAGAGAAAAAAAAAAGAGGGUUUUAGAAAGAUGCAGCGAUUAAUAUCACCAUCACUCAUCAGGCGUACGUUGCAGAGGCAAUCCCACCAUUGUUACACCACUGUUGCUGCUCAAACUCAACAAGAUACUCACUUUCAAAAUCCCCAUUUUCAACAAGAGGUUUUAGUGGAAGGAAGAGCUUUUUCUAGAGCUGCUAUACUUAAUAGACCAGCUAAACUCAAUGCUGUUACUACUUCUAUGGCGGGUAGGUUACAAAGACUAUACGAGUCAUGGGAGGAUAACUCACAGAUUGGAUUUGUAACAAUGAAGGGUAAUGGUAGGGCAUUUUGUUCUGGUGCGGAUAUGGUAACCAUCUAUCGUUUGCUUCAGGAAGGGAAUGAUGCAGCAUGCAAAGAAUUUUUCAGGACAUUAUAUCAAUUUAUAUACCUUAUAGGAACAUAUUUGAAGCCAAAUUUGACUAUAUUGGAUGGUAUUACGAUGGGUGGUGGCGCUGGCAUUGCAGUUCCUGGAAUGUUCCGCAUUGCAACUGACAAGACCGUUUUUGCAACUCCAGAAGUUCAAAUGGGCUUCCAUCCAGAUGCAGGGGCUUCGUUUUUUCUUUCUCGUCUUCCUGGUUAUUUAGGUGAAUUCUUGGCGUUGACCGGAGAAAGACUAAAUGGUCCUGAACUGGUUGCAUGUGGUCUUGCUACACACUUUUCACUAAAUGCAAAACUUGCGUGGAUUGAAGAACGCCUUGGUCAACUAAUGACGGACGACCCUUCUGUCAUAUCAGAGUCUCUUGCUCAAUAUGGUGAUCUUGUUUAUGUAGAUAAAAACAGCCUUCUUCACAAGAUUGACAGAAUAGACAAAUAUUUUUGCCAUGACACUGUUGAGGAAAUAGUGGAUGCUUUGAAAGCAGGAGAAUCACAUGAUGAGUUGUGUUCAACUGCUCUAAAGAAACUAAAGGAAGCCUCUCCUUUGAGCUUAAAGAUCACUUUGCAAUCUAUAAGGGAAGGUAGAUUCCAACCUCUUGAUCAGUGUUUGGCCCGUGAAUAUCGGACAUCGUUGCAUUGCAUUUCCAAACAAGUUUCUGGAGACUUUUGUGAGGGUAUUCGUGCAAGACUAGUUGAUAAGGAUUUUGCCCCAAAGUGGGAUACUCCAAGCUUGGAAGCAGUAACCAAAGACAUGGUUGACUUGUAUUUUGCGCCGCUUCCUAUUUCCGAGCCCGAACUCAACUUACCUACCGCUCUAAGAGAACCUUUCAUGUGAACGUCGUGGCGUAGGUCCCGUUCAUUCUUCUUUUGCCUUUGCAGUGCACCUUCCAUAAAAAAGUUCAACAAGUUUUUUGUUGGCAAAAUAUAAUUGUCACCAUUACUACUGAUAAAUUUGGAUCCGAUAGCUUUUUGAGCACUAUAGACAUGUAAUUUGGUUAAAGCUAUGAUUGAUAGUGCCAAUGUAUGUUUAGACUUUUAGUUUUUAUCAAAUGCAAGUGAAAUUAGGUUCUA